AACAGGAAGCCCUGAAGGGUCAAAAGGAAUACAAAAGCAAAGACUAUUUUCUUUCUUUCUUCUCUCUCUCUCUUUUUUUUUCUUGUUCUUGUUCUUCUUCUUCCUCUUCUUCUUCUUCUUCUUUUUUUUUUUAAGUGUGAGCGACCUUUGAGGUGGCGGUUUGGGGUGGGCGCCACCGAGGGGAGGGAGUCUCGCCUCCCGCGCGCUGGUAGGUGAGUGCGGCCUGGGUCCUGGCCAGGCGGCGAAACCUGGACCUAUUCGCCGAGGAGAUGGCCUAUCACUUCCCUGCUGUACAGCCUGGACUCCAUCACUAAAGCUCUUUGGGUACCUGAGAUUCUCAUCUGAAUUUCUUGGAAGCGAGAGCAGACUGAUUGUUCCAGUAUGGAUGGAGGGGAUGAUGGUAACCUUGUCAUCAAAAAGAGGUUUGUAUCUGAGGCAGAACUAGAUGAACGGCGCAAAAGGAGGCAAGAAGAAUGGGAGAAAGUUCGAAAACCUGAAGAUCCAGAAGAGUGUCCAGAGGAGGUUUAUGACCCUCGGUCUCUGUAUGAAAGGCUACAGGAGCAGAAAGACAGGAAGCAGCAGGAGUAUGAGGAGCAGUUCAAAUUCAAAAACAUGGUAAGAGGUUUAGAUGAAGAUGAGACCAACUUCCUUGAUGAGGUUUCUCGGCAGCAGGAACUUAUAGAAAAGCAACGAAGAGAAGAAGAACUGAAAGAAUUGAAGGAAUACAGAAGCAAUCUCAACAAGGUUGGAAUUUCUGCAGAAAACAAGAAGGAGGUGGAGAAGAAAUUGACGGUGAAACCCAUAGAAACCAAGAACAAGUUCUCCCAGGCAAAACUGUUGGCAGGAGCUGUGAAGCAUAAGAGCGCAGAAAGUGGCAACAGUGUGAAAAGACUGAAACCAGACCCUGACCCAGAUGACAAGAAUCAAGAGGCUCCGUCCUGCGUGUCUCUUGGAAGCUCCUCCUUGAGCGGCCCCUCCAUCCACUGCCCUUCCGCUGCUGUCUGCAUCGGCAUCCUCCCAGGCUUGGGUGCCUACUCUGGGAGCAGCGACUCUGAGUCCAGCUCGGACAGCGAGGGCACAAUCAACGCUACUGGGAAGAUUGUCUCCUCUAUCUUCCGAACCAACACCUUCCUUGAGGCGCCCUAGCUCCUGCCCCCUACCACAGGGAGCUCCUCCCCAGAGUGGUCAGUCCGUCCGUUCUGCCUACGGGCGUUACCUCCCUCAAAAAACUCCUUUGUCUAUUUCCUGUGCACACCGUGACAUUUUUAACCUAAUCUGAAAAUGUGCCAGAAUCCACUUGUGACCCAAACUGCUUGGUUUCUCCUUCCACCUCAGUGCAGGUGACCCACUGUCCUGCUGCCUUUCUUCUGAUGUACUGGGGCAGGGCCAGUCCAUGCAGAGGUCCCACUGACAGUGUCCUGGCUUGCAGAGGGUUUUACUGCUUUCCCAGUUUUUCUUUGUCCUUUCCCAGUAGCACAAGGAAGCAAGGGCGGUUAUGGGACAGGUGCCGUCUGUCUAAAACUUAGUGUAGAGGAAUGUGUUGUUUGGUUCUGCCUCACUGGGGAGCAUGGAGGGGAAGAGAGCUGGCCAGGGUGGAGCGGAGCACCUCCCUGGAACUAACCCACCUUGAUGUUAUGUGUGACGAAGUAAAGAUUAUAAACCGGAUCUGCAGGGGACAUCACUACACACCCGGCCUUCGUCUGAGGUUCUUCCUUACUCUUGCCUCUUCCUCUCUGCUCCAUCCAAUCUGAGUCAUGGAGGAAGGGAAGGAAAGCCUCCAUCUUCUACUCAGACCUUUUCUCUGCCUGGCAAAUUAUUUUGUUUUUGUUUUGAAAUAAAGGUUUUAGUUUAAGAUUCUAAACCUUAGACAAACAUGYAUAGGCCUUAUUUAAUCAUGGCCAGAAACCAGACUGCUCGUAGGUUAUAAUGAGAUGACUUAUCUCUAGCAGCUCCUGGGGUCUUAAUAUUGCCAAGUAUUGGGACACGCCUGCCUAGUGUGACAUCCUCCACUCCACAGAGGCCCUUCUCUGUUUGAUGCAUUUAUUGUAGUUGUGGCUUUUAACUGUUGAAGCUAUUUCUAGCCUCAAGGUGCUGGGUUAGUGCUUUUCCUUUAUUCUUUGCCUGACUGCUCUUUAAGCAGCCAAGAACCAGAGAGACUGUGCCCCCUCUUUCUCUCCUGGCAGGAGAGGGGCUCAGCUGAGGGAUGGAGGGAAGGGGAGAGAGGGCGGGAAGCCUGAAGGACCUUGCGCUCCUCCGCCUGCACGGUCUUCCUUCCCUUGGGCUCCUGCCUUGGUUGUUGCUGCUUCCCUGGGUGUGAGACGGUGAGACACAGAACGUGUUGGCACACGGGUGCCAGCAGGCAGAGGAGCUACUCGGUUUUAACGUGGGCAAGAGGCCCCUGGAUCUCGUCCAACCCACUUUCCCGCUUCCAGCGCCGCAGUGCUCUGGUGCCCAUMGGCAGAUGGCGGCUUCCCUCUGCCCGUAACUGACGCCUUAUAAAUUCUGCCUCCUUUUCAGGACCUCUCGGUGCUAAUUGUUCCUGACUGUGAGAACGGUGCGUCAGCUCCAUCCUAACAAACAAGACACUUAGAUAAAACUGUGUAGGCACCUCUGCCUCGGCUUCAUUGUUCCUGCGACUGUGCUGCUGUUAUCACAGCAUGUACUUGAUGCACCCUCACAUCGUUUCAGGAGGCAGGCCGGGGAAUCACAGUCACUCUCUUUAUGUGGUUUGACUUCAGAGGCCAUUACUAUACCUCUUGGCCUCUGUUGAUGUUGGAAGAAGUCAACAAAGGGUCGCGGGAUUGAAAUUGUACUUCAGAGCCAGUAAACCUGUCAGAAUGA